AUGGGGGCCCAGCUCUGCUGUGAGGCUGGCGCCGAAGAUCCGCUCGAGACACUUCGCUUCCACCCGGAGGCCAAGGGCGCGCAGGUGCGUCUGGACGCGCGGCGGUGCACGGCGCGGCGGCACGCCACGUUCCAUGACGGCAUCGUGUUCAGCCAGCGGCCGGUGCGGCCCGGCGAGCGCGUGGCCCUGCGCGUCUUGGGGCACGAGGACCAAUGGUGCGGCGGCCUCCGCGUGGGCUUCACGUGCCUGGACCCCGCCCACGUGCCCGCGCCCAGCCUGCCGCCCUUCGUGUGCCCUGACCUGGAGAGGCAGAGCCCCACGUGGGCGGCCAUGCUGCCCGAGGGCUGCGCGCUCGCGGGGGACGUGGUCUGCUUCUGGGUGAACCGCCGCGGCCAGCUCUUCGCGGAGGUCAACGGGGGCCCCCGGAUCCUGCUGCGCAAGGGUGUGCGCAUGGGCGCCCCUCUCUGGGCUGUGAUGGAUGUGUACGGGACCACCAAGGCCAUCGAGCUGCUGGACCCCAUGGCCAGCUGGUUCCCCACCACGAGGCCCUGGUUCCUUGGUGACGGUGACGAUGUUGUGCCUGAGCCUGAAGCAGAAGAGGAGGAGUGUGCCAUCUGUUUCAACCACGCUGCCAACACCUGCCUUCUCCCCUGCGGCCAUACAUACUUCUGCAGCUGCUGUGCCUGGAGGGUCUUCAGGGACACGGCCAAGUGCCCGGUGUGCCGCUGCCAGAUUGAGACAGUGACGCCAGUGCAGGGCCGUCCUGCCGUGAGGUCUGGGGAAGGCUCCUGGGCGAAGAAGAACUCCAGUGUGAGUGGCAAAUUGGACCUGGCCCUGAGCCUGGCCCCUGCAGAGGGAGGGGUGCAGCCCUGCCCUGUUUCUGGAGAAGAAUCGUGA